UUUAUGUUUAGAUAGUUUAACCUAACAAUGUCGACGUUGAUGUUUUAUGUUGUCGUUUUACAGUUUGAAGAAGCUCGUGAUGCUGAAGAUGCGAUCCGUGGCCGCGACAGCUAUAAUUUUGAUGGUCAUAAGCUACGGGUGGAACUUGCGCAUGGUGGAAGAGGGCAUCCCUCACCUUUUGAACAUCAUCGUAGUUCCAAUGGUGGAGGUGGAGGUGGCCGUGGUGGUGUCUCAAGGCAUUCAAACUAUCGAGUGAAGGUGACUGGUCUGCCAUCAUCUGCAUCAUGGCAAGACCUGAAGGACCACAUGCGUCGAGCUGGUGAUGUUUGUUUCUCUGAAGUAUUCUGUGAUGGCUGAGGUGAUCUAUUUUUUAUGCACGGUCUAUGUGUUUUGA